AUGUGUCUUGAUAUUCUUCCAAUAGAUAUGGUGAACUGCAGUUAUUUGAAUCUUUUAAAGCGCCUGAACAUGACUAAAAACAAGGAGCUGUUCACAAUGGCCCGACCUGUUGAAAACCACACAAAUCCUACAGUGGUAUACCUCCAAAUGGCGAUCUAUGGCAUUCUAGAUGUGAGAGAGGUUGACCAGACUUUCAUUGCUUACAUUUGGGUUUAUCUGAGAUGGAUAAACGAACACAUUAGAUGGCAUCCAAAUAAGUUUUGUGGAAUUCAACAGAUAGUAAUUCCUGCUGAAGUGUUGUGGAAGCCAGAUGUGAUGAUUGAAGAGAUGACAGAGAAGGACAAGGCCCCCCCGAGUCCUUAUCUCACCGUUUCACACGAAGGUGGUGUUGAAUUUAGGAAUGACAUUAUGCUGAUAAGCACGUGCAAGAUGCAAAUUUACAAAUUUCCCUUCGAUGUUCAGAGCUGCAGCCUCUCUUUCAAGUCUGCCGUAUACUCUGAUAAAGAACUAUUGUUUGAAGCCAUCCUCGACUCUUCAAUGAUGACUGGGUGGUCUCGCGACAUGACGCAGUACGAGUGGUUGUUCAUCAACAUAACAGCCAUCAACACAACCGUCGACAAUUUUAUAUACAACCAAAGCAUGAUCGUUUACACCAUCAAGAUGAGGAGGCGUCCUCUCCUCUACAUCGCCAACUUCUUGGUACCCAUCCUGUUCUUCUUCUCUCUGGAUUUGGCCUCCUUCCUGAUCUCAGACAGGGGGGGUGAGAAGCUCAGUUUCAAGGUCACUGUGCUGCUCGCUGUCACCGUGAUGCAGCUUAUUCUCAAUGAGAUUUUGCCUUCCUCUUCAGACAGUAUCCCUCUUAUAGCAAUCUACUGCAUUGGGAUGUUUGGUUUGAUAAUGCUCAGCCUCCUGGAGACGAUUUUGGUGAUGUAUCUGAUCGAGAAAGACUUUGCAUCUGAAGACAACGAGGCAAACAAAGGCCAAAUCAUGAGUGAGGAAUGUGAAGACAAACAGGGCAACUAUGAUGGAGAGGUGAAGAAAUGGACUCACUGUUCUUGUGUCUGUGAUGUGUCAGCUGAUGAACCUCCAUCUGACCUGCUGUCGGUGAAAGAGGACAAAAGCAGCCAACUGACGGAGGAGUCCAAUGCCUUGGAGAAGCUCUCAGAUGAGCUGGGUGAUGCGGUGAAGACACUGUCUCUGCUCCUCAACAGCAGGAAGGAAGCAAGGAAGCCUAACUACUGGACUGAAGUGGCUAAAACAAUUGACAAAGUGUUCUUUGUUGUCUAUGUCACAGUGGCCGGUCUGUUUUUAGCUGUUAUCUUUACAGUAUGGAUCAAUGCAAACGACGAGUAG